AUGUUUUCGCACAUUGGAAGAAUCAUCAAGCUAGUCUUUUCACAGUCGCUACUCUCAGAAUCGCAACUUAAGGAAGCACUAUCGUACACCAUUCUCGGUUCAUCCAUCUCGGUAUUUGUCUCUCUAGUCGGAUACUCGGAGUUUAUUUACGAAUACAUGCGCUCAAACUGGGCGUUUCAGGGUGAAUUUCGCUACAAAAUGGAGGAGUAUACAAAGGCUGCACAUUUGGUGUGCAUACUGGACUUGGUUUUUAGGAUACUUUUGAGGCUCAAUCUUUAUUCCGACACAUUUUCCAUCGAUACUAGCGAGAAUUUAUACGCGAGAUGGACAGUGAGAUCCUUGGUUACUCUGAGACUAGCCCUUUUGAGCUACAUUCACUAUGUCCUAUUUUCACACAACUGGAACACCGCAUCGUUUUUAAUCAGCCCCCAAACAUCAAAGCUCGUUAGCAAACUGGUGGUUAACUUUUUGGUUUUUAGCAUCAUCUUUAACCUCGUUGAUUCUCUAAAGAUGAGGUCCAUAGACAACCUCCUCAACAUUACUAACUUGGUCUCUCCCUCGGAGUUCAAGGCAGAGAUUCUGAAUUCGCAAGUAUACAGGGAGUUAUGUGCAAUAACCUACAACAUGCCACGGAUAAUCAGGAAGAAUGGGCUGCAUAAAGUGGACUACCUUGUCACAGUCGCACACAUUAUAGACGAGAUAAAGAGCUAUCUACCGCACACCAUCGACUGGAUAAGCUUAUUUCUGAACCUUACACUGGCUCUAUACUCCAACAGCGCGGGUGGAUUGUACCUUUCCGCUCUCCAGACCUUUUCAAACGUUGUCGACGACCAAAUGUGUAACAUCGAAAGGAAGGCUGUUUUAUAG